AUGGGAUAUCAAGUUGGCCUUUAUCCAUAUCAGAAUCCCAAUUAUGUUCACCAAAUCCAAACGGUUCCAACAAACGAAUACGAUUCCUCAUAUAUUGAGCAAAAUCUGUUUUUCCAAUAUCCACAACAACAACAGCAACCACAACAUUUGCAACAAAUUCCUGCACAACCACUCCAAUCAAACACACAUCAUCACCAUCAACAACAUCCCCAACAAUUCACAACAACCAGUCCAACUACUAGUCCCAACAGUAGAAAGCGACCAUAUGAUAUUCUUUCUUCGCCACCCAACUACUCCAUACAACAACUCUAUUCACCAAAUACAUAUCAAAUUCAUCAACAGCAGUUGCAGCACCAACAACUACAGCAACAACAACUUCAACAACAACAGCAACAACAACUUCAACAUAUUCAAUCUUCACCAAGCAGCAGUGCCUACAAUUUCGUUCCAAUUUCACAACCGACUACACCACCAACAACAGAUAUUGAUGAAGAUAUCGAAGAGCAACUUCGUGACUAUCUCUCACCAAUGUUCUCCAAGUUCUUUGACCAAACCACCAAAGAGCAUCUAUCAACUCUGAUCGCCGACUUUUUAAAUGAUGAACUUCCGCUCAGAUCUAUCAUCAAUGAACUAAGAAUGAUGGUAAUGGACGACAGAUCUUUGCUUCACUAUCUCAUCGAGAUAUUUAUCGUUAUGGACACCACCAACAAAAUGUACAGCUUCCUCCUUGAGAAUGGAGUUGAAGAACAUGAACUAAAUAUAGAUACAAAGAAUUUUGCAAUGUUAUUUGAUACCGAAAAUGGUUUCAAAAAGUUUAACCUAGACUUACAAAGAGAACGCUCAAGAAAAAGUGUGAGUAGAGGACUGAGAAAUCCACCAAACAAAUGGACCAAAGAAGAAUCACAGAGAUUGAUUCAGUUGGUUCACGAGAGUGGUGAUAAACAAUGGAAGAAGAUCGCCAUCCAAAUUGGCGGUGGAAAAACAGGUGCACAAUGUGCACAACACUGGAAGCGUGUGCUCUGUCCAGCCAUCAGAAAAGGCAGCUGGGACGAAGAGGAAGAAGCUAAACUUUUCAUUUUGGUCGACAAGCACGGACAGAGCUGGAAGAACGUCGCCAGCGAGAUUAGAACCAGAACCGACAUUCAGUGUCGCUAUCAGUACUUCAAGAGUUGCAUGUCACGUGAAGUACCAUGGUCGCCAAAGGAAGACGAACUACUACAGAAAAAGGUGAUCGAAUGCAAACAAGAGGGAAGAGACAUCAGUUGGAUGGAUCUAUCAAAGGCAAUGGCACGCGCAAGACAAACAAAGAUUCCAAGAACUGCCCUUGAAUGUAAAUCAAGAUGGGAAGCAAUCUCCAUUGGUUCAAUCGUUGAUGGUUUAGAUUUAUCUUCAAACUUUUAA